UGUAUGAGUGAGCGUCAAGUGUACACCUCAAACUCGCAGUGGCUGGGGAAUGGGAUGGGUUAAAUAGAUAGGUAAGAAACUUUCCUCGUACCGUUUACUUUUUAAUUUUUUCCAACUGGUAUAGAAUAACUUUCUAAAAAUUAACAUAAAAGGUGUUCGAUAUUAUUGUAACAUUUUCAAAUAAACUGUUGUAGUCAUUUCCUUCCCUCGUCCCACACCGCCCGCUACCCUUAUAUCCCCACCCCCGACCUUGUAGCUUCCCCUGUGAAGUUUUGCUUGGUACUUUUUUAUUAACGGAGCAGAACUGUACCUAGUGUUGGCUGUUAGACCAUCCCUAAUCCAGUUAUUCAAAGGGCUGUUCGGCUUCCUUCUCAGGGGGCAUCUGCACUUCCAAGAGACGGUUGUAGGAAGAGACAAAUACACAGGAUUGAGUUGCAGAAGAGAAACCUUAAGAACAAAAGACCUGUAUGAGCCUGCAAGCCUGAGGUAACCCUGUAGCAGUGUGAGUUGCUGAGGCCUUUUGUGCCUUUCUAGCUGACCUGGGGUUUGUGUCCAGGAGCUGUGGGCACCCAAGAGCAUCAUCGGCUAUUAGCAACAGCGGACACCUUCUCUAGGAGCGAACCUGGACAUGACCAGAAAGAUCUUCACAAACACCAGGGAGCGGUGGCGGCAGCAGAGCGUCAACAGCGCCUUCGCCAAGCUGAGGAAACUCAUCCCCACUCACCCUCCAGACAAGAAGCUGAGCAAAAAUGAAACGCUUCGCUUGGCAAUGAGGUACAUCAACUUCUUGGUCAAGGUCUUGGGAGAGCAAAGCCUACAGCAAACAGGAGUAGCUGCUCAGGGAAACAUUCUGGGGUUCUUUCCCCAAGGGCCCCACCUGCCAGAUGUGGAUGAAAGAACUCUACUCAAUGACCCUGGCCCAAGCCAUGAGGCUCCCUAGGGUGGCUGUGCUGGUCAGCCCCCAGGGCAGUACUGGUUGCAGAGUCCUGUGGUUUCAUGCUACGGAGAGGUAUGAUGCAGGAGGUGAUUGGGACAGAAGCUGAGAUCUGCAGAAGAACUUGAGGAAUGUUGCUCUGACCUCAUUACCUCAGAACUUCAGGCAGAACGACUUGUUCUAUAAGUCUGCACGAGACCAUUGCAAAAAAACAAAACAACCAUCUUUUUAAAACUGCUAUCUCACUCAUGACUUCAUUAAUGAUGAUUUCCUUCUACUGGAUCUCGGAUGAAUGAGCAAAGCUUGUUGCCCUCUGAAUAUAUUUAAAAGUUUGCUUUGAAAAAGGAGACAUGUUUAUUGAGGGUACAUACAAGAAAUCUUAAAAUUGAUGAAUGAAAAGGUAGCCACUGUGGAAACCAACACAGGAGAGGCGUGGGGCCAUCUCUGGAGCCUUCGGAGCAGAGCAGUGAGGAAUUAUGUAUGUGAAAGUCUCCAUAUCCUUCGACCUCUAUAGAAUCAUGACCUUCUAACUUUAGUUGAACCUCUGAAACCAAAUAGUGGAUUGCAUUCAUACCAAGAAAAACCUCAGUAAUUUAGGAGCUAGACUUCAUAGUUUUCUUAUUAAAAGUUAGCUAAAAUGAGUGAACAGACCACUUAGAUUGACACACUGGGUACUAAAACGUUUAAUUCAGCCCACAUUCCUGCUGACUUAAGUCCUGUACAAUUCGAUAAUUAUAAAAACCCAAAUAUUGCCAUUUUCUGUUUUGUUGAGAGCAAACAAUAGACAUAAAGGACCAGAUGCUAAUGAUGUCGUGCAUUUAGCUUCACUUCCUGUCUCCCAGGGAGCAUCAGCUGGGUCUUAAGCUGGAGGCAGGGGUGGAGCCCUAUGGAUGCUCCAGUCAUCACCACACACCAUUCUGGGCCUCGUGAUACUUGGAUUCAAAGAUAAAUCUGGUAGCUGAGCUCCAAAUGCAGAUGUCUAUCUCUGGACAUUUUAUUUCCCCAGAGUUCUUUUGGCUUUAUGAUCUUCUGAAUUACAGGUGGGAAAUCUAUGGAUUGUGGUUAUGAAUUCCCAGUGUCUACACAACACAGGAAUUUAAACUUCUUGUCUCUCUAGAAAGUAUUCUAAAAAAACUGCAUCAUUAAGGUCGUUUUAGCCGAUGCACUUGUAGAACAAUGUGUUUCCCUCCAAAUCCUUUAUUUAACCUGCACUAGGUCAAUUUCCCCACAGAAACAGCAUAGCUUUUGGAGACCGGUAAGCACAGAGGCUGGCCGAGUCCUUCCUUCCACCCCAGAUGUGUAUAUCAUUCUCACCAGUCUGGGGAAGUUCAAGGCUGUCCCCAAAUUGCCAGGCAGUGGGACAUUUCAAAGUUUUUAUGGUAGUUGUCAACUAAGUAACACUACCCUCUCAUCUGGUACAUUAAAUAAAAUACGUCUGACAGUGAUUUUGUUAUUACAUAGGUUCUGUGAAUAUGAAGAAAGCACAGAGGCCCUCUGUCCCUAAAUACAACAUUUUUGUGCUCUACACAGAACGCAUUCACUUUCCUGAUUGUUGGAGCUCUUGUCUGUGCUUAACCGGGGCCUCCCACUGGAGUGCUUACAAGGACCCCAAAAAGAUGUGAGGAGGUUGAGUUAUCAUUACAGUAAAUGGGGGGAGGGCAUACUUAUCUAAAGAAGCCGGAGAGGAAAUCCUUUCAUAGAUGAGUAAACCUCUACAAUGUUAUUAUAUGUGAUGUACUCCUUACAAUAUUUGUUCAGCUUUAAUUUUCUGUUUCAAGUUGAAUUAGAUUAACGUGACUAUCAAACAAACACACAAAAAAACCCAAAACCAAAAAGCAACUGUAAUCUCAUGUAGUCCAAAACCAAGUCAUGAUGUGUGUGAGAAUGGAAGCUAAUUCAGAACUCCCUCUACAGUUUCCUUUGGUGGUCCUAGCCAUAAGACUUCAUAGUUCAAAUGCGUUACCGUCUGCUGGGUGCUACUUCUGUUUACAGACCAUUUGAGUCUAACAGAAGAGUUAAGCCAAAUUUUCUAUCUAUGUU